UGAUAGAGACGCGCGGCCUCGGCUGCACGCGCUGGCGGCGGGAGAGCGGCCGGCUAGGUGAGCGGCCGGCGCAGGCCCCUGGCCGGCAGGCGGCACACCCCAUGCCCGAGGCCCGAACCUGAGCACGGAGGGUUCGAGUCCCGCCUUGUCCGGGGUGGAGCCGGGGAUAGACCUCGCGGCGUCGCACCCGCCCUCUGAGCGCCUGCCUCCCUUUGCCAGGACCAGGACGAGGUGGCGGAGGCAGCCCUCGUGGAGCCCCCAGUCCGGGCAGCGGACGAUGAGUGAUAAACUCGACAGUGAAGGCCCUGUGCCCAUGGAGGGCUGCAGCCAGGACAGCAACAGUGCCCAGGGCAGCCCUGAAGCCCUAGCCCCUCAGGAGGAAGAGGAGGAGGAGGAAGGUGGGGCUGGGGUGGCUGCAGAGUCUGUACCUCAGCCUGGGCUCUACAGCUACAUCAGGGACGACUUGUUUACCUCGGAGAUCUUCAAGUUGGAGCUGCAGAAUGUGCCUCGCCACGCCAGCUUCAGUGAUGUCCGACGCUUUCUGGGCCGCUUUGGCCUACAGCCUCAUAAGACCAAACUCUUUGGGCAACCUCCCUGCGCCUUUGUGACAUUCCGUAGCGCCGCUGAGCGGGACAAGGCCCUGCGCGUGCUGCACGGUGCCCUCUGGAAGGGCCGUCCACUCAGCGUGCGCUUGGCCCGACCCAAGGCUGAUCCCAUGGCCAGAAAGAGGCGGCGUGAGGAUGAGGGUGAGCCCACAGCCACAUGCAUCGCAGAUGUAGUGACCCCAUUUUGGACCGUGCCCUAUGCUGAGCAGCUUGAGCGGAAGCGGUUGGAGUGCGAGCAGGUGCUACAGAAGCUCGCCAAGGAAAUUGGGAGCACCAACCGCGCCCUGCUGCCCUGGCUGCUCUCACAGAGGCACAAGCACAACAAGGCCUGCUGCCCGCUGGAGGGGGUUAGGCCAUCACCCCAGCAGACCGAAUAUCGUAAUAAGUGUGAGUUUCUGGUUGGCGUCGGGGUGGACGGGGAGGACAACACAGUCGGCUGUCGGCUUGGCAAGUACAAGGGCGGGACAUGUGCUGUGGCAGCCCCCUUUGACACCGUGCACAUCCCUGGGGCCACCAAGCAGGUGGUGAAGGCUUUCCAGGAGUUCAUCCGGUCCACUCCAUACUCAGCGUACAACCCAGAGACAUACUCAGGCCACUGGAAGCAGCUGACUGUGCGCACCAGCCGCCGUGGCCAAGCCAUGGCCAUUGUUUACUUCCACCCUCAGAAGCUGAGCCCUGAGGAACUGGCUGGGCUGAAGGCCUCCUUGGCACAGCACUUCAUGGCAGGGCCAGGCAAGGCCACUGGGGUGACCUGCCUCUACUUUGUAGAGGAGGGACAGCGAAAGACUCCCAGUCUGGAGGGUCUGCCCCUGGAGCACGUGGCUGGAGACCGAUGCAUCCACGAGGACCUGCUGGGGUUGACCUUCCGGAUCUCCCCUCAUGCCUUCUUUCAGGUGAACACCCCAGCAGCCGAGGUGCUCUACACAGUCAUCCAGGACUGGGCCCAGCUGGACACAGGGAGCACAGUGCUAGACGUGUGCUGCGGCACUGGCACCAUUGGCCUGGCACUGGCCCCGAAGGUGAAGAGAGUUGUAGGAAUUGAGCUGUGCCAGGAGGCUGUGGAAGAUGCCCGGGUGAAUGCCCAAGACAAUGAGUUGAGCAAUGUUGAGUUCCAUUGUGGGAGAGCCGAGGACCUGGUGCCCGCUCUGGUGAGCAGACUGGCCUCCCAGCAGCUCGUUGCCAUCCUGGACCCUCCUCGUGCUGGCCUGCAUUCCAAAGUGAUCCUGGCAGUCCGAAGAGCCGAGAACCUCAAACGGCUCCUGUAUGUCUCUUGCAACCCCCGAGCAGCCAUGGGCAACUUUGUCGACCUCUGCAGGGCCCCAUCUAAUCGGGUGAAGGGCACUCCCUUCCGGCCUGUCAAGGCUAUGGCCGUGGACCUGUUCCCGCAGACCCCGCAUUGUGAGAUGCUCAUCCUGUUUGAGAGGGUGGAGUACCCCAAUGGCACAGGGGCCCUGGAGCCCCAGGACCCUCCAGCCCAGCCCCCACCAGGGUCCCCAGAUGAUACCCUGCAGGAAACUGGGGCUUCCACCUCUUCCUAGGUCCCUGGAGCACUAGAAACUUGCCCUUUCAGAAUAGGGCCCAGUCUUCAUUACCGGGGCAGAAGCCAAGGGGCUCCCCAAGUCCUUGCCUCACCUCAGGAUGCUCAGGCGAGCACCUUGAGAGCAUGAGACACAGCUGCCCCAACCAGGGUCAGCCUGUCCCCAUGGACGCUACGCUCUUGUCCCCUACCCACCCACCCCCACCCCCCCCACUCCUCUUCCCAAGUUCCUUUUGGGCUAGCUGGGGCACAGGGUCAGAAUAAACCAUUGCUGAACUAC